AUGAAGAACUUGGUUCAUGGAAUUAAGGAAAAGACACCUAUGGGUUUCUGCGAUGUCCCAAGAAAAAAUUUGUUGGACUUUUUACAUGAUAUGAAAAGCAUUUUUGCAAACGAAGCCGGAUACAAACCUCGUAAAACGAUCCACCAGGCUGCGAGUGAGGGUGAUAUAAAGAGACUGCAGAGAAUGAUAAACCUUGGGAAACACAGCGUACAUGACAGAGACUUUAAGGAAAGGACUGCUCUGCAUUUCGCUUGUGUCUAUGGCUGGGAAGAAGUAGUAAGAGUUCUACUGAGAAAUAAUUGUGAUAUUGAUGCUGUUGACAGGAAUUCCAUCACACCUCUGAUGAAGGCUGUACAAAACUGGUCAUAUGGAUGCAUGUGUACAUUGUUGAAGCACGGUGCUAAUCCAAAUUGUAUGGACAAAAAUGGCAAUACUUCUCUUCACUAUGCUGUGUCUGAAAAUAAUCAGAAGAUGGCUGAAUAUUUGCUUAAAUACAGUGCAGACAUGGAACAAAAGAACAAGGAUGGCUUUACACCACUUUUACUGGCUCUCAAGGAAAACAAAAUAGAGAUGGCAAAAUUUUUAGUAAAGAAGGGGGCAAAUAUACAUGUAUUUGAUAAGAUGAAAAGAAACACACUCUUAUAUGCCAUAAGAUGGGAUUCAACAGAUAUGGUCAGUCUACUUCUGGAUGAAGGCAUUGACUUUUUCUUUAAAGAUGUAUUUGGAUGGACUGCAUUACGUUAUGCUAUUGAAGGCACAAGAAAAGGUAGUCGAAAGAUUCUUAUGGACCAUGAAGUAAAGUUACAUAUUAAAAAUAAAGAUGGCAGUCCAGAAUACAAGAAUUCUGAAGACAAUUCAUUAGCCAAGCACCAUGAUGAUCCUACUUCUGGAUCCACCUUGCCUAAGUCAAGUGAGGAUGAUGAUGAUUUUGAUGACAAGGUUGCAGCAAACAGGAAGAAACAUGCCAACAAUGAAACAAAAGGUGCAACCCACCCCUACAGUCGUGCAGCAUCGUCUGCUGCUCCUGAAGUCUCUGAGGCUUCUGUUGUGGCUGCAACCACUGCUGCAGCCACUGCUGCCCCUGCUGAUGUUGCUGCAGCUAUCAUUGCUGUUGCUCCUGGUGCUGCACCGGACAGUUCUGCUGUUCCUGUUGCUGCUGCUGCAGCUGCAGCUGCUGCUCUAGAUGCUGCCAUUGCUGUUCCUCCAGGUAUUCUGCUGUAG